GCCCUGCCGUCUGACGACGGGUUCGGCGUCCUCGGCGUCCUCCGCGCAGCUUCCGACGCGCGCUCAAAACAGACCACACCCGCGACCUCCUCGUCGAGCCGCGCCGACUCGUUUCGGCGCGCCGCGACGCGCGAACACAGCAACAGAACAGGCGCCAUGCGCCGGACCCUGCGCGGCCCGGCGCUGACCAUCGAACCGAACAGCGUCGUGCGCAUCCGCUUCCUGAAGGCGACGACCUUCGUCCUCGCGCUCCUCGCGCUCAUCGCGGCGGCCUGCGCGGCCGCGGCCGACGGGAGGCACCAUCGCGAGGUGCUGCGGUGCACGCGCCACGCGUCGCGGUCCAAGCGCCUCGAGGACAACGACUGCGUGCUCACGGAGACACCGCGCGGCGUCGACCGGCUCUUCGAGAAGCGGCGGCGCUCGUCCUUCGAGAUCGCGGGCGCGGAGCUGCGGCUCGAAAUGUCGAACGCGCUGCGCACGCGGACGCUCCGGCGGCGGUGCAACUCCAGCGACGCCGACGCCGUGCGCGAGGUCGUCGCGGCCAUGGCGCGCGACAUCGAGGCCGGCGGCGUGCCCGCGAAGAAGGGCCGCGGGCCGCCGCAGCGCGCGCCGCGCGCGCCGCCGCGGCCCGCGAACCGCGCUAAAUUCGACCCGGAGGCGGCCUGGCGCGGCGCGGCGCCGUCGCUCAUCGCCGUCGUCGUCAGCGACGAGUCCGGCGGCGAGCACGUCGUCCACGUCUUCGACGACGCGGCGCGCGCCGCGGACGCGCUCGAGGCCGUCCAGGCCUAUCUAGGCGCGUCCGCGCGCGACACGGGCGCGCCCGUGUCCCUGGCGCUGCGCUUCGACGACUCGGGCGCCGACGAGGUGUUGGUUUUUCUGUGUCUGGUGUUGUUGGCGUGCGCCAUGGCGCGGCCGGCCUUAGAAACAACGACGUUCGACACCACCACCGAGGUCGUGUCGAUCAAGCGGCGGAAUUUGUUCGGGGUCAUGACCUUCGACCUGUGCGUCGCCUUCGAGAACGUCGACGCGCUGGCGGUGACGGAGCACGGCGCGCACCAUCUGGCGGUGGCGCGCCCCCAGGAGGCGACGCCAGACGACCUACUCGCGACGCUCGCGUCCGCGAAUCGCAUCCACGGCGCGCCGCUGCCGGGCGUCAUCCGCGCGGCGGCGCGCGUGGGGGCGCGGCGCGAGUACGGGUUGCGGCUGUCGCUGAACGCCUUCGGCGGCAAGCAGCCGGAGACCGCGGAUUUCGUGCGCCGCUGCCUCGACGUCGACCUGAGCUUCGGCGACAAGUUCGCCGACUCGGCGGCGCUGAAGCGCGCCGUCGAGGCGGCGAACGCGAGCCUGCUGGCGGCCUUCGCCAACGAGAGCGCGCGGCCCGCGAAGCCCGUCGAGUCCUCGGAGUGCGCCGUGUGCCUCGUGCACCGGAAAGACGCGGUCCUCGCGCCCUGCGGCCACAUGUGCGCCUGCUUCCGCUGCGCGACGCGCCUCCACCGCCAGCAGGACAAGUGCCCCAUCUGCCGCGCGACCAUCGAGCACGUCGUCAAGGGGCUGCGCAUCGCCACCUACUGCGUGCGCGCGGCGAAUCCCGUGGCCUUUGUCGUGCUGGCGCACGGCUACCGCGUCUGCGCGCGCUACGAGUGGCUCUGCGCGACGGCCGAGGGCGGGCCGCACGAGAAAUGGGCCGGGAGCCUACCCGAGCGGCUCGCGGCGAGCGACGUCUCCGUCUUCAUGCUCGACCACCAGAGCCACGGCGACUCCGAGGGACUCUACGGCGACGUGGGGCCCUGCGUGGAGUCGCUCGACGACCUCGCGCGCGACGCGCUGCAGCUCGCGGCCGCCGCCGCGGCCGAGUACCCGACGCUGCCGCGGUUCCUCGUCGGAUCGUCGAUGGGCGGCGCCAUCGCCGCGCGCUGCGCGAAGCUCGGCGGGAAAUUCGACGGCAUCGUCUUCCACUCGCCCAUGCUCUACCUCGACGACUUCCCCUCGUCGUUCUCGCGGACGGUGGCUUUGUACGCGCUCGCCGCCGCGAAGAAGCUGCUCGGACCGGCGGGCGAGACGUUCCACACGGCGGAGAACGCCAUCCCGAGCCACGCGCGGGAAGCGUUGACGGAGCCCACGUUCUACCACGGCCCCAUGCUGGCGGGGACGCUCUACGCCUGCGCCGCGGCCAUGGCCGGGUUCAUGGACGACGGCGGCUUGGAAGAUCUAGGCUGCCGCGCUUUGCUCGUGCUCCACUCGCGCGCGGACGCCAUGUGCUCGCUGGCCGGGUCCGAGGCCCUCUUCGAACGCGCCGGCGCGGCGCGCAGGACCCUCGUGGUCCUCAAGGGCCUCGGCGGCGCGGAGCCGGGGCUCCUCAGGGAGGCCGGCGCGGUCUCGGACGACCUCUCCAUGGCGUCGAGCUGCGGCUCCGAGUCGCGGAGCAGCCUGGCCCUCGCCGGCGGGAGCGACGAGAGCUGCCACAGCCUCCCCCUGCGGCGCCACCGCCGCAAGCAGUUCUCGCGGCGCGACGCGCCGGACCCCGUCGACUGGCUCGGCCGCUUCCGGCAGAACCCGCUCAUCGUUUCCAUCAUCGGCAUCGCCCACGUCGUCGGCCUCCGGCGCGUCGCGACGACCUUCACGCGCCUGAGCUCGUCGCUCAACGUCGUCGACCUCGACGACACGCUCGACGACACGCUCGACGAGCGCGACUACCCGGACGGGUCCGAGCUCCUCGACGACGGCUUCGGCUUCUACGUCGCCAUCACGCCGCCAACGAGCCGGGCGGGCUCCAUCGACGCGUCCUUCUGUGCCGUCCGCCGCGUCUCGUCGGCCGCGGCGGGCGUCCAGCCAGCGAUGGACUUCCUCGACUUCGAGGACAACCGCGUCGCCGAGAUCCUCGAACAGGUCGAAAACGGCACGCUCGCAGCAGAAGACGGCGUAAUAGAGCUCCUCGACGAGGAGGACCUGCUCCAAGAGCUGCGCGCCAAUGCGGACCUCGUGACCUUCUUCCGGGACCACCCCGAGGCCGUCGUCGCCUGCGCGCUCGUCCGCGACGGCGAGGGCCAGUCCGGCGACACGGAGACGCUCGAGCCCGACAAGCCGACGCGGCGGGACCGGCGCGGCGGCGUCGCGGCCGAGGUGCUGACCGGAGAGGACGGCGCGUGCUCGUCCGUCGCCGAGGCCUGCGCGGCCUGCGACGGCUGCUGGGGCCGGCUCGCCGCGUUCCUCGACGACGACGACGACGACGACGCGACGCCCAUGCGCGCGAACCGCUGGGAGCGCGUCCUGGCCGCGCUGCUGCGGUCCGGGAGAUUCGCGACGACGAACGCGCUCGGCCGCGCGGAUUUUCUGCAAGGGCUGCCGAAGCGGCUGGCGUCGUCCUGGGCGGCGGGCCAGGUCGGCGCGAUGAUGUUGAGAGAUGCCUUCGGCGGCAAGCUCGUCGCGUGCGCGGCGCCGCCGCCGUUCCUCCGGGCCUCGGCGGCGGCGCUCGGCGACGGCCGCGGCGCGCGCAACGGGCGGACCAUGUUCCUCGGCGCGCUCGCGGACGCCGCGGCGCGCGGGCGGUGCGCCGCGGCGCUCGCGGGCGACCCGGAGACGCUCGCGGCGCUCGUCGCGGCCGCGGAGGCGACGGCCGAGGCCUGCGACGUCCUGUCCGCUUUGGUCGCCGCCGUCGCCGACGACCGGUCCCUGCGGAGGGUCGUCGCCGGCGCCGUCGCGCCGCGGCGGACGGCGCUGCUCCUGCGGCCGGACGCGCCGCGGGGCGAGGUCGGCGCGGACCUGCUCGCGCGCGCGCGGCUUCUGAGGGCCGCGGCUCGGUGCGCGGGCGUGGCGGACGCGCUCGCCGCGCCGGACGCGCUCAACUUCUACGUCGACCGCUUCUUCGACCUGCCGGCGUGCACCAUGCUCCACAACGCCGUCACGGCGGCGGUGCUCGCGGUCCUCGCCGACGAGCCGCGGCGCGCGGACGCCGCGGCGGUGCUCGACGCGCUCCUCUUCCGGACGGGCGAGUGCGCGCACUCGGACGACGCGUCGCGGGGCCUGCUGAAGCGCGCGGCCCACGCGAUCCGCGUCGCCCGCGCGGACGGCCGCCACGUGACCCUGUCGCGCGACGCGAACCUCGUCGUCAUCGCCGAGGCGGUCUGCGCGGCGCUCCGCCAGGACCCGGACGACGGAGGCGACCGCGAGCCGCUCAUCCCGGACCUGCUCUUCCGGCGCCGGCCGGAGCUCGACGCCUGGCUCCACUUCGCCGCGAGCGUGCUCUCCCUCGAGACCGCCCGCAAGGUCGUCCUCGCCGAGCCGCCGAAGUCGUCCUUCCGCGACAGCAGCCCUUUGACACGCCGUUCCCGCGUGAUGCGCGUCGCGGCCCUCGCGCUCCUCCUGGCGCUCGGCCGCGUCGGCGGCGAGGCCUGCGGCGGCGACGCGCUGCUCGAGGUCCACGAGGAGCUGGACCACGGCGACGUCUGCCGGUCCGUCCGCGACCGGUCGAGCUGGUCCUGCCCGGCGGACUGCGCGCCCGCGGAGGGCCGCGAGGCGCCCUACUGCGUCAACGGCCACGGCGCGCCCUGCCGGAGCGCGGCGCGGCGCGACGCGCCGACCUGCGGCGGCGGCGGGCGGCCCGUCUUCGCCGCGCGCCGCGACCGCGGCGACGUCUGCCGGAAAAAGCGAAAGAUUGGCUGCCCGUCGGACUGCGUCCCCCGGGGCCGCGACGACUGCGCGCACCCCUUCACGGGCGCGCCGUGCCGCACGGGCCUGCGGGGCCUCUGCCCGAAUUUGGAGGCCCACGACGAGGUCGACCACGGCGACGUCUGCCGCGGCGACGACGAGUGGCACUGCCCGCCGGACUGCCGCCCCGCCGACGGCCGCCCCUUCUGCGCCAACGCGACGGGCGCCGGCGCCUGCCGCAGCGGCCUGCGGCCCGCGGCGGCGCUCGCGGGCCGGACCGCGUGCGCGGAAUGCUCCGACGCGCAGUGGGCGCCGCUCACCGCGCGGCCGGCGCGCAACGACAGCCGCGCGACGGCGGAGCUGGUGGUGGCCCACUGCGCGGGCAACGUGGGCUGGGUCAACUUCGUCGCGGCGGAGCUCCGGGACUGCGGCGUCGACGUCCGCGACGUCUACGUCUAUUCGAAAUGCGGCGACGCCGAGGGCGCGCGGCGCAAGCUGCCCGACGCGCGCGUGGAGCGGUUGAGCAACGUCGGCGGCGAGCACCACACCUACGCGCACCACCUCUUCCGGCGCGUGAGCUCCGGCGCGCCGCUCCACCAGGUCGUCCUCUUCUUCAAAGACGAGGAUCUAGCACCGGAGCUCCGGAAGCUCGCGGCCCCGGUCUGCGCGACGGCCCACGCGGCCCUGGGCCACGUGGGCUUCGGCUGCGGCCGGCGGCCCGCGGCCGGCGGCAGCGCGCUCCACAUGAUGAACGAGCUCGCGGACUUCGACCCGGGCCGCGACCGGGGCGGGAAACAAGGGCGCGAACUUCCAAGGCUCCUCUUCGGCCGCCACAACGGCACGCACGCGCCCGCGCGCCACGAGGCGCUGCCCUUGCGGGCCUGGCUCCAGACGCAGACGCUGCUCGCGCCGCUCCUGGACCGCGUCGUCGUCGCCGUGUGCUACGGCGGCAUCUUCGGCGUGCACCGGAGCCGCGUGGCCAAGAUCGCGCGCGCGACGUGGCGCACGCUCGAGCGGACGCUCUACACGCACGAGCGGUCGUCGAACGCGCUCAUGGAGCGCACCUGGGCCGCGCUACUCGCGCGGGAGCAGCCCGCGAAGCGCUACAAGCGGGCGCUCUGCGCCGCGCGGCGCCGGGGCGACGACGGCGUCCUGGACGGCUGCGCGUGCGGCUGCGCGUGCGACGCCGCGUCGGGCGAGUGCGCGGACCCCAAAGCCCGGGGCGUGCUGCCCGGCUGGGGUUUGGAGAUGCCCUACGGCGCAACCUGCGGCGCGGGCGCGCCCUGCGACCUCCGGGGCCCGGCGCCCGCGCCGGCCUUUGAGGGCGCGAUGAGCCACCGGGCGACGCCGCGGCCGCCCGAGACCGUCGACGUCGUCGUCGCCGCCUACGACCGGCCCGCGGCGCCCAUGGUCGCCAGUCUGCUCCGCGCGCUGCCCUACCGCGCGGUCCACGUGCGCGUCUUCUCCUACUGCAAGCGCGCCGGCGGCUGCGCCGCGGGCGACGCGGCCGCUUUGCGCAGGCUCGCGGGCGACCGCGGCGGCCGGCGCGUGCAGAUCUUCACCGAGCAGCUGCCCAACGUCGGCCGCUGCGACCACACCUAUCUGGCGCACGUCGCUCGGACCUACGACGACCUCGCGAACGCGACGUUCUUCCUCAAGGACACGACGGUGUGGCACGACCACCUCGGGGCCAUGGCGAACGCCUUCUGCGCGCGGCGCCAGGGCCGCGAGGCCCGCGCCUUCGAGCUCCCGACGUACAAGUCGGAGCAGUGCGCGCGCUUCGGCAACUGCUACGCGGACGAGGCCUACGCGCGCGCGGCGACGCGGCCCGUCGGCGCGUGGAUCGACGCGCACCUCGGCGGCGGCGGCGGCGACCCCUUCCCGACGUGCCUCGGGGGCCUCUUCGCCGCGGGCCGACACGCGCUCCGACGGCGGCCCAAGGCGACCUACGAGGCGCUCGCGCGCGAGCUCGCGGCGGGCGACUCGCUCGAGGCGGGCCACUACAUGGAGCGCGCGUGGCUGCCGCUCCUGGGCGUCGUCGACGACGUGCCCGCGGUCGCGACGCGUUUGGUCGUCUACGCCGUCGACGCCGCGGGCGCCGCGGGCGGCCCGCGGCGCUUCGACGGCCUCGCGCUGCCGAAGCGCGGCGAGGCGGCCCGGGGCUACGUCGUCGACCGGCGGCUCUUCACGGACGACACCGACGUCCUCGCGAAGCCGCCGCGCGGCUGGGCGGCGACGCGCAUGGACUGGCGGUCCACGUGGAACUCGCGGCGGCUGCACGCGCUCGCGCUCCAGGCCAUGCCCCACCGGGAGCCCGCGCUCCACGGCUACGACGUCUCGCUCUACGUGGACGCGGCCGCGCGCGGCGUCGACGUCGACGCGGCCGUCGCCGCGGUCUACGCGAACCUCGAGCGGCCCGCGAUCGGCCUGCGGCCGCGGCGCGUGCUCGGGCGAGUGGCCGGCGGCGAGCUCGCCUCGGGGCUCGUCGAGGAGGCGCGGCUCUCCGACGACCCGCCGGACGCCGAGGCCGUCGCCAAGGCCCAGGCCUUUGUGGCCGCGAAGCUCCGCGAGCUCGCGAAGCGGGGCAACUCGCCGCCGUCGACGGCGUUCGACGGCGCGUUCGUGCUCCGGCGGACCUGCGACGCGGCGGCGGCCUUUGGGGACGCGUGGUUCGACUACGCGGCGGCCGCGGGCCCCCAGUUUGGCGACGUCGCGCUCCACUUCGCCGCGGCCGCGUUCCGGGCCGACGUCGCGUCGACGGACCGGCCAAUCGUCGACCCGCGGCCCGCGAUGUCCUCGGCGGCGCCGCGGCGGCGCGCCCCGGUGGCGACGUGGGUGUUCCUAGCGACGGGAGACGCGUCCCCGGCCUGGGUCGCCAUGACGAAGCGCGCGGUCGUGUCCGCGCUCGAGCGGACGUCGCUCAAGCCCGUCUGCGUCUUCUGGGGCCCGCGGUCGGCGCCCCUCGCCCUCUGGCUCGCGGCGCGCGGCGUCGAGGUCGUGCACCACGCGCCGCUCUGGCUGCCGCUCCUCGAGCGCGCGCUCAACACGACCGCGGGGAGGCGCAACGUCAAGUUCAGCCCGCUCUACGCGUCGCCGCGGAGCCUCGCGUCGACGUUCCUGCGCGUGGACGUGCCCCUGCUCCUCGACCCGGCGGUCCACGGCGACGUCGUGCUCUACGCGGACACGGACGUGCUCUUCCUCGACGGCGUCGCCUUCGGGGCCGCGGCCCCCGAGUUCUUCUCCCUGGGCGCGGAGACGCCGCGCGCGCCGAACUACGGCAACGCGGGCGUCAUGCUCCUGAAUUUGGCCGGCCUCCGGCGGACCUACGCGGCGUUUCUCGAUUGGAUCUUCUCGCCGGAGAACGUGGACCGCGGGCUCCACUUCGGCGACUACGGGCCGGGCGACCAGGGCGCCUACGCGUCCUUCUACCGGGGCCGCUUCGACGUCGCGAACUGGCCCGCGUUCAACUGGCGGCCCUACUGGCCCUACGCGCCCGGCCGCGCGUCGCUGCUCCACUUCCACGGCCCGAAGCCCGACGACUACCGCGACUUCCUCCGCGACGGCGGUGCCGGUAGCCCGCUCCACGCGGGCAUCCUCGCGCGCUGCGACGCGCACCCUUGGGUGGUCGAGCCGGGGUACCCGGGCGGGAAGCGCGACGGCACGCCCGACCACUGCGCGCGGUGGAUGGCGCUCUACGACUGCGCCGCGGACGACGUCGCGGAGCGGCGCGCGGCGCCGCCGUCGCCAGACUGCGUGUCGCUCCUGCGCCGCCACGCGAUCCACCGCGCGACGACGACGUGGCGGGGCGUCGUCGCCGCGGCGCUCGCCGCCGUCGUCGCGGCCCUGGCCUUCUGGCGGCGCCACCAGAGCCGGCCCCGGGCCGUGUCCGACGACACGCAGAUGGCCAAGGCGCUUUAACCAUCGCUAGUGAGAUGCCUAAUAUCCAGAGGAACCUACUGGGCAUGGAU